AUGAAAAAAAUGAAUGAAGAAAAUUUAAAAGGUAUUAAUAAUAAGGAAAAUGUAAAUCAAAAUAAACCAAGAGAAAUAGUCAACAGUUAUAACGAUAUAACUGAUAUUGCUGUUGUAAGUGGGGUAUCUAAUAAAAAUGAAGAAUAUAUUUGUAAUAUAAAUAAGGAAAAUGAAAAUGUAGUAAUAGAUAAUAGUUAUACAAAACAUAAAAAUGAAGGAAUUAUAAAUAUAGAAAACAAUUCUAACGAUAAUAUUAGUACUAGUAUUAUUAAUAAAAGUAUACGUAUUAUAAAUGAUAGUAUUUAUAAUAUAAAAAAUAAUUUAACUAGUAUUAAAAAUAUUAUAAACUUAAAUGAAGAAUCAGAAGAAGAAACAAUUUCGGAGAAUUAUAAAAGUGACGAAAGUAGUAUUGUAAAAACUUUUGAAAAUUUAAAAGAUGAUGAAUAUUUGGAUAGUAAAAAUAAUGAAGACUUGGAAUUAUUAUUAAAGACAGUAAUAAAUACAAAAAAGGAAGAAAAACAAUUCACAACUUUAGAUAUCAUUGAUGAAUGUAUAUCUAUAGGUAAUAUUUAUAGUAUAAAUAAAAGCAAACAAUUGCUUAAUAAAGAUAAUAAUUCUGUAAUAAAAAACGAAAAUUUAACUAAUGAAAAAAAAAGUUCAUUCGAAAAUAGCGAGGUAGAUGAUAAUUAUGUAGAAGAUAUUAAUUUAGAUAAUUUAGAUAAUUUAGAUAAAUUUUUAAAAAUUAAUAAAGUAAAAAGCUAUAAUGAAUACGGUAUUGAGAGUACUUCUAAUUGUUCAUUAAAUACAUCAAAUUUUCAAACAGAACAAAAAAAAAAUACGAAAAACAAAAGUGGAAAUUUAUAUAAAGAUACAUUAUACAAAUUUAAAGAUUUUUUACAAAAUGAAGAAAAUAAACUAACAUAUUUAUUAAAAAAAUUUUUAAAAAAAAAAAAGUUAAAUAUGUUAUUAAAAGAUAAAAAAAAAAUAUGUUAUUUUAUUUUACAUUUAUUUUUUUUCUUUUCUUAUGCUUUUUUUGCCAUUUUUUUUAUAUUCCUUAAAAGAAUUUUUUAUCAUAUAAUUUUUGAUCAAGAUUUGUAA